AUGGAGGCCAAGCACCACCCCAGAACCCCAGCAGACGACCGCCUUACCACCGCCUGGGGCCCGCCCGCACCCAGCCCCCCAGCCCCAGCCGAAGGCGCCACGGCGCCUGCAAACUUAUCGCAGAACCAACAGGUCUGUGUUUUCUUGCCUCAGGCACUCAAGCAUGCCACAAGCCGGGCGGCGGGCGGCGGACAGGCGAACCACGAAUCAAGCACCAGGCUGACCACCACCUUGAACGUUCGUGAGCCUCCUCUUCCAAAUGUCGACAAAAUGUGGAUAACACAGUGAAGGUGGCUUACUGUCGUCUGCCCACGAUGCGAGGUUUCUGUUUCCGUCCAAUUCGGUGCCAAACAACGGACCACUUCCAACCUUUUCACCACAGCAAAGCCCAAUACUCUAUUCACUUUUCUUCGUAAGAAAAAGCCAAGGACCCAAUGGACCUAACGCAUUUGAUCACACCAGUGCAUGAUACACUCGUUCGGUAUUUUCCGAAUUUUCUCACUUGCUCGGAAGAAGUCCACUCUGUUAGGUAGGGGGUUCAACUUAUACAACCCAGAGACCCCCCGCCAACUCUGCAGAUCGCAGCAAUAUCAUCAGCAGUCAACAUGAUUCAUUCACUUUUUGGUGCUUUUCGGGCGCGCAAGGUUGCAAACGAUGUAUACAGCAGAAAGCAAAGCCACUCUUGCGAACAGACACAGAUGAUAUUAGGGCUUCUGGUCACACGUCACGGAGGUACCUACCUACCUAGGUAGUCGGUAUCAGUUAAAAGAACCCAUUAAAACCAGAGCGAUCUUCUUGUUACUCGGCACAAAUCGUCCCGUCCCGUCUUUGCAGUACAUCCCCAAAGUAGGC